CACCGACCUUCCAGUCAAAGGAUACUGCUCUCUCGUCUCAUAUUAUUUUUUCUCUGUCUGUGUUACAGGAACUUUUUUCUUUGGGACUGAGCAGACAGUGAGAGACCCUGUUGUACGGUAGGACGAUGAAUCAGGAACCAAACUGUCGAAUCAUCGAUGAAUAAAUGCAUGCCUGUUUUCUCVGUGUCACUCAGAAAAAGGAUAUUAAUUGGAACAAAAAUCAAUGAAAGAGAAAGAGUAGAGGACAACAAGCACCGCUACGACAAAUAAAAACAAUACCGGCAUUACAACAAAUGAUGAACCAGUGUGGCCCAGUCGGAUACUCUAUUGGUGGAUACAACAACUGUAGACAGUUGUCGAACCAGCAGCAAAACCAUCAACGACCAAAAACUCGUAACGAUUACUUUGGAAAGUUUCGGUUUCUCAAAUUCGACUUGAAAUGGCCGGAACUAAAAAUGCCCGACAUGCUGAAGGACUUUUCGGUCGAUCACAUUUGCUAUUCGGGUGAAGUCAUCGACGAGGCAGCUUCAACUACCAAGAGUCACCUCAGAAAAACAGCAGAAAGUGCAARAGAGCUUCCCAAACAGGGAAAACAAUUCGCCGACUCCCAGGCCGAAAUCCUUCAUAGCCAUUCCAAGGUCUUAAAAACGCAGUUGUCGGAAAAUUGGAACUCCUCGAUUGCAAGCAUUGCGUCGAUGCCCUCGGCCAUCUCAGAGUCUUGGGACUAUCACGCAAAUAUCUAUCACGAACAACAAAAGCAACUCAAACAACAGCAAUAAUUUGUCGGUUGUUAUUCAAGUGCACUUGAAACGGGUGCAAAGGUUGGUCCUUCGUGUGUUUGRCUGUUUGUGACUAUAUAAAUUUGCUGUAUCUCUCUGUAUGAUGAACAGUGAUAGAAACUGAUUUCAGAUUUCGAAUCGAAGACUUGGCAUGACAYGUCACGACAGAAUGAUAUGCAACACAAUCUGUUUUUGUGAUUCGUGUCUUUCGAUUUCUGAGGCAUCGUCACUCGAAUUGUAUUCGAAACAAAUAAAAUGAGUAUGAACGGAAUCUAAAAUGAAAGGCUUACUCGUGAAAGCUUUUGUCGGAUCUCGCAAGUAUCUAUGGUGAGAUAUUAUUGUGUGUGAAGCCAUUGUCCGAUAGUAGUACAUACCUACGAAAAGACGAAAGAUCCGUCCGUCGUAUAAUACCGGGGAAGAAUGCAUCUCCGCUCCUUAUUACUAUACUUUCAAUUCAUGAAGGUGUCAAAUUGAAAAAAGUGCACGGAUGUGUUUCAUAAAAGUCAAUUCGAUAAAAUAAGCAAAAGGCAGAACA